AUGAAGGAAGAAAGCCAAAACCAUGGUUCAAUCGAUGGUGAAACUGAAAGAGGCCCAACUUCCAACACUGACAGAAACCCGAUUUCUGAAGAACAAGAAGAAGAAGAAGAAUCAAGCGAUGAUCAUCGAACCAAGCGUCGCAAACAUUCACCAAUCUUAGAAGAAGAUCGAAUCAGCACCUUACCAGACUCCAUCCUCCUCAGCAUCCUCUGCUUCUUGCCCACCAAAGACCCUAUCAAAACCGGCGUUUUAUCCAAAAGAUGGUCCUAUCUUUGGACCUCCGUUCCCUCUCUCAGUUUCGAACACGGUUCCUUCCAAUGCAUCGACGACUUCACCAGUGCCGUAGAUCAUACCCUGCUCCCACACAGAGCUCCGAUGCUCAGAAAUUUCUUUGUCCUGUUCAACUACGAGACACACCUAAAGCCUUGCCUCGAUCUCUGGUUUCGUUUCGCCACAACUGCCAAGGUAGACCAACUCAGUAUACUCUUGACUUCUACCGAUUUUUCGGGUUCUGAGGAGUACCCAUUGCCUCCGCAUCUCUACACCAACGAGUUUGUUUCUGAAUUGGAUUUUUAUUUCUACAAAAUUAAGCCUAAUGGGGUAGUAAAUUUGAGUUCACUCACGCGCUUGACUAUUGGGUUCAACUUCACUGCGUUGUGUGAAGUUGCGAUAAAGAAAGUGGUAAUGGGUAGUCCUAGACUUGAAUACUUGGAACUGGAUAAUUGUUGUCGGGUCAAUCGGUUGGAUUUAGUGUCCGAGAGUCUGAGAAAAUUGGUUAUACACAGCUAUUUUAUGCGUACUUCAGUGGGAAGAAGCCCCGACCCCGUGUUCGAAUUAGAAAUUGUGGCUCCAAAAAUCAGGUCACUGGAAAUUUUGGGGUGUUUUUUGAUGAAGAAGUGUCGGAUUAAGGAUGUAUCGUCGUUGGUUGAGGCUAAGCUUGAUUUCAAUUGCGAAGUUAAAGAGGAGGAUCAAGAAAGUGCUUAUAAGGUGUAUGAACAAACUGUGAGAGAACUUCUUGAGAGUCUGCAUCAUGUUAGGGAUCUUACUGUUGGCAAAUGGUGUCUCAUGAGACAUUAUAAUGUAUCAAGAUUAUUGCUUUUCAUUGUUGGUGCUCUCAUUGUUUGGCUAAUCCCUGCAUAUAGAAUAAUGCACAACAUCUAG